AGAUGAGGUCACACGUAAAGCCAGGUGAUGGCCCGCAGGACUUCGGCAGGAGGAAUACUGCGUCGCUCGCAAUUUUCAUUCUGAUCGCAGCGGUCGCUGUCACGCUAUUGGUGUUCGGAUGGUGGAAGGGAUACAUUCCCUAUAUUAUCCUCUUUCUCUCUACUAUCCUAACAGCAUCGGUGGUCAUUGCUGGGUCGGUAAGUGGACAAAUGCUUCUACGAAGGCCUGUGGCUCGACGGGAACGAAAUGUGCCAUCAUCAUCGGACGUCGAAAAUCUCUUGUCGUCACCACAGCGUCCUUUGCUCCUCAGGCGUAACUUGACACGUGACGGUAUUUCCGGGCACGGUAAUCGUCGGCCGAGGCAAUGCCUGUCUUCACCGUGUAUUCGCGGCAUCGAAUCCCAGAAUGACAAAACACGAGGUCUUCACAUGGCAAACAUCCGAAGAAGCAUGUCAGACGCAGGGAACUGGGGCGGACGAACUCCUGUCUUUCGUGUGGAAGGUUACGUAAACCCGGAACACUACAGUUCCACGAAUGACCUAUUUGGAAGUAUAUCAGCGUCUCGCAAGGAAAGUUGUAUGGCAGAGACGUCAACACCGAACUACGAUGAACUCUCUGCCGACGAUUCAACUGAGAAUCUAAAGCUGUCAUCGGCUAAACGAACCAGAGCCGUUUCCCUCCUACCCAUUUCUUUGCAAGGCAGGUGCUUUAAUGUGGCACAGAAGCGCAAUUUCAUUCAUAGUAGGUUGAACGGAAAAACAAUAAGCGCACUUUCGUCGGGUAGCGGAUACGAGUAUCUGUCAACUGAGCAACGACAACCCUCUGCUGCUAUCGAUAUAGCGGAAGGAAAUGAAAGGAGAAUCCACUGGAAACUAGAUGUGGGUACAGCGAGCGACUCCACAGAAAACGAGAGCAUUCGCCCUCUGAGCAGUUCCUCCGAUAUUCAGAAUGACCGUGGCCUAUGUCCUGCAGACAGCGAAUCCCCAUUGAGCACUCCGUCUCUGGUGCCUUCUUUCUGGAAGGCGGAAGCUAUUUCCCCCUCGGUCACGCCAUACUCCAUAAAUCCGUCGACUCCAGCUCCUGGACUGUCCGGCGCAAGUUCAAUAUCGCCGUCAUACCUCUAUUCGUCUGACUACAAGCGUUCGUACCUUCUCGAGGCGUUCCUGGCAUCAAGUUUACGCUCUUCAGAAACAGAGCUUAUUAACGAUGCCGUCGUGCAAGAUUCAACGAAGGAAUUCUUGCCAAUAUGUCUCGCGGAUAAGCAGCAUAAGCCCAGAACGACGUCCAAGAGUGAUCUCACAGAAGUGGUCGCCGUGCCAUGCAAUGAACGAGAGACCGUUGGAGAAGAGAUAAAAGAAGACUUCAUGAUUACAAAUCCCCGUCAUCCUCCCGACGACAUUACACAGUCAAUUCAAGCGUCAGACGCACAAGAGGAUUCCUCUAUGGAUGCAAAGCAAUAUUUCGACUGGAGGAAAGUGUUUCCAAGAGGCUUCCGGCUAGUGGAGUAGUUUUUCACGAUGACUGAAUAAAACAUUUUUCAACACGCGCAA